UUUCAACUUAAUGCACUUAAAUAAAUAAGUUAUAAACAAUGGCUGCCACUGUAGUUAGAGCGCACAAGUGCAAAAAUAAAACAAAAACAGUUGACAAAGCGCAGCCAGCGCAAGUGAAAGAAAACAAAUGGCACUUGUGGCUUUCACUAUGUGUUGUUUUUCUUAUCACCUUUGGCACACGUUUCUACAAAGUAACUGAACCAGAUCACAUAUGUUGGGAUGAAACUCAUUUUGGCAAAAUGGGCAGUUGGUAUAUAAAUCGCACGUUCUUCUUCGAUGUGCAUCCACCACUGGGCAAGAUGCUCAUUGGCCUGUCUGGCUAUUUAACUGGCUACAACGGCACCUUUCCCUUUGAGAAACCCGGCGACAAAUACAACGAGACGCGCUAUCAAGGCAUGCGCUAUUUCUGCACCACGCUGGGCGCGCUGAUAAUUCCCAUGGGCUUUGAUAUCGUUCACGAUCUGACGCGCUCGCAGGAGGCGGCGCUGCUCUCAGCUGCGUACCUGAUCUUUGAUGUGGGUCUGCUUACGCUCAAUCAGUACAUACUGCUGGAUCCCAUACUGCUGUUCUUUAUGAUGGGCUCCGUUUGGGGCAUGGUGAAGAUCUCGAAGCACACGUUGGCCGGCGGCUCGUACUCGCUGCGCUGGUGGCUUUGGCUGCUGCUGACGGGCACGAUGUUGUCCUGCACCAUCAGCGUGAAGUUCGUGGGUCUGUUUGUGGUGCUGCUGGUGGGUCUGCAUACGGCCAGCGAGCUGUGGCUGAUACUUGGCGAUCUGCGGCAGCCCAUAGUGGAGACCUUCAAGCAGAUUGCCAGUCGCGCCCUGACGCUGAUUCUGUGGCCCAUUCUGCUCUACAUUGUCUUCUUCUACAUUCAUCUGCGCGUGCUCAAUCGCAGUGGCAACGGCGAUGGCUUCUAUAGCUCCGCCUUUCAGUCUCGGCUCAUUGGCAACUCGCUCUACAAUGCCAGCAUGCCACGCCAUGUGGCCUAUGGCGCCUUGGUGACCAUCAAGAACCACAAGACUGGUGGCGGCUAUCUGCACUCCCACUCCCAUUUGUAUCCCAAGGGCAGCGGCGCGCGGCAGCAGCAGGUCACCACCUAUACGCACAAGGAUGACAACAACAUUUGGCUGAUCAAGCCGUACAACAAGCAGGCGCUGCCCGACAAGAAGCUCCAGCUGCUGCGUCAUGGCGAUCUGCUGCGCCUGGAGCAUCUGGUGACCAAGCGCAAUCUGCACUCGCACAGCGAAGCGGCGCCCAUGACAAAGAAGCAUUUGCAAGUCACCGGCUAUGGCGAGCUGGGCGUCGGCGAUGCCAACGACGUGUGGCGCGUGCUUAUUGUGGGUGGCAAGGCCAAUGAGAGCAUCAAUGCGGUUACAUCCAAGCUCAAGUUUGUCCAUUAUUUGCAAAAUUGUGCGCUUACCUCCAGUGGCAAGCAGCUGCCCAAAUGGGGCUUUGAGCAGCAGGAGGUCUCCUGCAAUCUCAACCUGCGCGACAAAUACGCCCACUGGAAUAUUGAGGAUAACCGGCAUAAGUUGCUGCCCAAUGUUAACUUUAGCGUUUAUGCUCCUGGAUUCUUUGCGCGAUUUCUGGAAUCGCAUGCGGUCAUGCUGCAAGGCAAUGCUGGACUUAAGCCCAAGGAUGGCGAAGUAACGAGUCGACCUUGGCAGUGGCCCAUCAACUACAGAGGCCAAUUCUUUUCUGGCAGCAGCUAUCGCAUCUAUCUGCUGGGGAAUCCCAUAAUCUGGUGGAGCAAUUUAGUCUUCCUGGCACUCUUUGUCGUCGUGUUCCUGUGGAAUGCAGUGCUGCAACAAAGACGCGAGGGUCAAGCUGCUGCUGCUGCAACAUUGAGUGAGGAGCAAGUUGAAGACUUGACGCAAUACAGCGAAUCCUGCGACUGCCGUGCGGGUGCGAGAGCUGGCGGCAUGAAGAGCUUGCCCUUCGCUGCUGGCAGUCCAAGUGCCUUGUCCUUGAAGGCUGCUGCUUGGCUAUUUGUCGGCUGGCUGCUGCACUAUCUGCCCUUCUGGGCCAUGGGACGUGUGCUCUACUUCCAUCAUUACUUCCCAGCGCUUAUCUUCAACUCGCUGCUCACGGGCAUUAUGUUCAGCUAUUUAAUUCGCCCGCUGCCCAAAUGGCUACAGCACGCGCUGCUGGGCACGAUGCUCUCACUGGUUGCCUAUAGCUUUGUGCUCUUCUCCCCCCUGGCCUAUGGCAUGAGUGGCCCACUGGCCAACGAACCCAACUCCACAAUGUAUCCACUCAAGUGGCUGUCCACGUGGGAGUUUUAA